UUAGCGAUGACCAAGAUGGAUUCACAAUUUCCGCUCUACCUAAGACAUCCCAAGCGACUGGAGAAUCUCUCAUAGCUCAUAAGGGAGAGACCAAUGCCACUCUCUUCAUUCAUCCCCAAACACCACACUAUGGGUAUACGACGUCUUCUACACUGUUCGCUCCUUGUGGGAGCUACACUGGCGGAUCCCCGUCUCCAUCGACGACAGGAUGGCCCAGUCGACCCCGGCACAGCGGCCGAUUGCACCUGGUACGACACGGCCCUCGACCCGGCCUACACCUGUGAACGGUUUGAGCUCUACUGGGGAUUGUCCCAUGGAGACUUUGUGUCCUACAACCCCUCCGUUCUCGACGACUGCACCGGUAUCAAGAUAGGCAAUUCCUACUGUAUCGAAGUCAACAACGGCCAGCCCCGACCAACCACAACGACACCGACUCCAACCAUCACGGCAGCCCCCAAGCCAUCACCCACCCAGGACGGCCUAAUCGACACCUGCACGACCUUCUACAUGGCCGUCGCCGACGACACCUGCGACAAGAUUGUCGCCCAGUACGGUACCUUCACGGUAGCCGACUUCAUCGCGUGGAAUCCGGCCGUCGGGCCGGAUUGCAGCGCCGUCUGGGCCGAGUCCUACUACUGCGUCGGGGUUCCCGACACGCCUACGGGUAACCCGCCGACGGAUGCGCUGCCGCCGCCCCCGAUCUGGCUGAACCAAUGCGCCGACCCCGACGCAUCCCGGCGCUGUCUGCGCCGCUUGCAAUAG